AUGGCCAAUUCUACCUUCCCAUUUCAAUUCCCUCGCCUUACAAAAGAGAAUUAUGAGAAUUGGUGCAUUCGUAUGAAGGCUUUGCUUGGAUCGCAAGAUGUGUGGGAGAUCGUGGAUAGAGGCUAUGAGGAGCCUCGUGAAGAAGCUUUGAUGAGUCCUGCUCAAAGGGAGGCUCUACCCAGAAUGCGGAAGAAGGACCAACAAGCUCUCACCCUCAUCCAUCAAUGUUUGGAUGAAGUCAUGUUCGAGAGAGUGGCGAAUGCGACCACCGCCAAGCAAGCAUGGGAGAUCUUUCAAAACUCCUACCAAGGAGUUGAUAAAGUGAAGAAAGUACGCCUUCAAAUGCUACGAGGAGAUUUUGAAGGCAUACGAAUGCAAGAAUCCGAGUCUAUUGCAGAUUUCUUUUCGAGGGUGUUGGCCAUAGUAAAUCAAAUGAAGAGGUAUGGAGAAAGAUUGGAGGAUGUCCGAGUCAUUGAGAAAAUUCUUCGUUCGUUGCAUUCGAAGUUUGAUUACAUCGUCGUAGCCAUCGAGGAGUCCAAAGAUUUGGAGACUAUGACGGUUGAUCAACUUAUGGGUUCGUUACAAGCCCAUGAAGAGAGAAUCAACAAGAAGAAGGAGGAGCCGAUCGAGCAAGUUCUAGCCACUAAGCUCUCGGUGAAGGAGAAAGAAAGGGAGUUUGGGAAAAGUCAACAAGGAAGAGGACGUGGAGGUGGACAAGGUCGAGGGAGAGGAGGAAGAGGAAGAGGAAGAGGUGGACAAGGCAAUCAAUACUCCAACAAUGAAGAAAGGAGGUAUUUGUCAAGAGGCCGUGGUAGAGGAAACUACACAAGGCAAAAUGAUAAGUCCAAAGUUCGGUGUUACAAUUGUCAAAAGAUUGGGCACUAUGCUCGGGAGUGUUGGAGUUCUCCUUUCAAUGUUGAAGAGAAGGCUCAUCACUACAGUAAAAUUAGAGAAAGCCGACCCAUUUUUGCCGACGCUAGGAGAAAGCGUCGGCAAAAGUUUUUACCGGGUCAACUUUUCCCGACACUUAUUAAGAGCGUCGGCAAUUUAAAGGAAUAG